UCAGAUCUUUCCGUCUUGUUCAUUUGUCAUUCUAGAGGCAACAACCGGAUGUUGCAAUAUUAGCUUAACUGGCUAAGAACCGAGAGAAAAACGUCUUGAAGUUUGUGUAAAACAAGAAUUUAAUAGUAAAUUUAUUACCAGUCUUUGAGAAGAUAUUACCUCUGGAUAUCUGUUUUGGAUGGCUGUGAUUAUUUCUUGACGAAAUUUGCGUCACAGAAUGUAAUUAGCCUUUAUUAGCAACAUGAUUAGACUUUCAUCUGAAGAAGAGAAUCAGUGUUUUCGAGGUUGAAGCAUGUAGCAGUUCACGGUUCGGUUAUUUAAGACAAGUCUACAUGCUGAGUGUGUGAGACUGUGCGGGGAGGACCACAUCGUCUGUGGACACCACCUCUAACGUUGUUGUCCAGCUGAGGAUCGAGAGACUGGGGACACCCAGAACUACUAAUCAAGAUAUCAGACUCUGCUCUUGAGGAUCGGUUCAGCUCUGCGACAGGCUGAUUUAUGUUUGACUCCAGUUUCAGACAGCGGAAAUACAGAAGAUACGGCUUGUAUGACUGAGCAUGUGAAGGUUGAAGACAAGAAUUGUGAUAAGGAGAAUCCCAGGUGGAGCGAGGAUUUGUGAGAUGAUGAAGGUUGAAGCAGAAGUACCUGGGUUUAGUUUAGAGACCCCUAUACCUGCAGCAUCCACAUCAGACCUGGAGGAAACGCAAGACGGCAAAAAUCUCAACUAUCACAAGCUGGUGAUUAAAGAAGAGGUCCUCCCAGACUGGAUCUCCAGUUUAGACCAGGAGGACCCAGAACACCAACGCAUAAAGGAGGAAGAUGAGGAACUGAGGAUUAGUCAGGAGGAAGAGCAGCCUACUGUGAAGAGUGAGGAUGAAGAGAAACCUCAGUUAUCAAAGUCUAAAGAAAUCAAAACUGAAGACAACAGAGAGACCGGAGCUUCAACCAGCGGCUCAACUGAACAGAUAGAAAUGGAACUAGAUGGGGAGGACUGCACAGAACCAAAACCACACAGAAACCUGGAUCCUGCCUAUUCUCAAAAGAACAAGACAACGAUUCACAAUAAAGAUAAAAGAUCUAAACUGCAUUCAAAAUUCACGGGACAGACUGGAGUUCACGUUGGAGAGAAGCCAUUUGGGUGCAAUGUCUGUAGUGAAAGAUUCAAAAAGAAGUCUCAUGUUAAAGUGCACAUAAUGACACACACAGGAAAUGAAGAACAUGGCUGUGAUCUUUGUGGGAAAGUAUUUAAAAAAAAGAGUUACCUUCAGAUACAUAUGAGACUUCACACUGGUGAGAGACCAUUUGCCUGUGAUGAUUGUGGUAGAACAUUUCAUAGAAAGACCAUUCUUAAGAACCACCUGGCAGUCCAUUCAGGAGAAAAACCAUUUUCCUGUGAUGUCUGUGGUACAAGAUUUAAAAGAGAGAAAUCUCUCAAAAACCACAUGUGGUUGAUUCACACUGCAAAGAAGUCAUUUUCUUGUACUGUUUGCAGUAAAAGAUUUUCACAAGAAGAACAUCUGAAGACUCACAUGGGUGUUCACACAGGAGAGAAACAGUUUGUGUGUGGCUUUUGUAGUAAGGGAUUUUCACUGAAAUCAAAUCUAAAGACACACAUGCGUGUUCACACCGGAGAGAAACCUUUCACCUGCAAUAUUUGUAGUAAGGAGUUUUCAAGACAAGAUCAUCUAAAGAGUCACAUCCGUGUUCAUACAGGGGAAAAACAAUUUAUUUGCGGGGUUUGUAAUAAAGAAUUUGCACUAAAACAGAAUCUAAAGACACACAUGCGUGUUCACUCAGGUGAGAAACCAUUCACUUGCAGCAUUUGUAGUAAAGGAUUUUCUCAGCAAAAUCGUCUCAAAAGUCAUAUGAGUGUUCACACAGGAGAGAAACCUUUUGUCUGUAGCGUUUGUAAUAAAGAAUUUUCGCAGCAGCGCAAUCUAAAGAUUCAUAUGCAUAUACAUACGGGGGAGCAGCCAUUUCCUUGCAGCAUCUGUGGUAAAGGAUUUUCAUUGCAAAGGAAUCUUAAGAUUCACAUUCGCGUUCACACCGGAGAGAAACCAUUUGUUUGUAGUUUUUGUAGUAAAGGCUUUUCACGACAAGAUUAUUUAAAAAGUCACAUGCGUGUUCAUACGGGAGAGAAACCAUUUGUUUGUGGUGUUUGUAAUAAAGGAUUUACGCAACAGCAAAAUCUGAAAAGACACAUGGAGGCUCACACUCCAUGAUUCAGGUGUAAUGAAUGUUUAGGUGGGGGAAAUAAAGAUAAAUCUACUUGUGCAACUCCUUUCAGAGGAGCAAUAAUUUUAUUGUAAUUUGUAAACUCAGAUGAACUCAACAAAUAUAUCUUGAAUUUCUCACGAUAUGUAGUCUCUAGUACGGUGCAUUUCACAAACUGGAAAUCUAAAGAGAUCAGUGUGCUAUCUAUCUAUCUCUCUAUCUGGAGACGUUUCAGUUAAAGUGAAACAGGAGCCUUUGUUUCUGAUAAAUGGUGAAUUUAACUACAAGAGCCUUCCAUUCAAUCAAAUGUUUAACCACAAAUAAGAAAGCAUUUUUGGUUCUGAUCUUUGUAAAUAACACUUUAAGCAAAAUGCCCAUACCGUUUUAAAUACUCAGAGCUUUUAUUAUGUCCAUCACUUUUUAACAAUCGUUUCCCAGUCCAUGAACCACACUGACCAGCAGGUUUGAAAUAUUUUCCAGCUUUAACAAACCUGGGGUUAAAUUAAAAUGACCAUGAAGUCAUCAGCAAACGUCUUCAAAAGUUUGUCAUAAAUAGUGGGAUUGAGAGGAGCUCACUGAUUGAUUUUUAUUUCAUUUAAAGUUUAUUCAAUCCUAAGUGUAAAUAUUAAGAGGAUUCUUUAUUUUUUUCUACCUUCUCCUGGAAUCACUGAGCUCCUAACAACAGAAUCACAAGGUCAACUGUCAGUAAUUACAGCUCCUCACCGAUGUACAUAUUAACUUCUGUUUUCUGAAAAGGGGUGUAGUUUAGGUGCACAUGUAAAUGUAGUGGCGCUAGAAUCACACGAGCUCUGAAACAAAUAGUUUCACUUUGUCCUGAAUAUCAUGUCUUUCUGACUCCUGCAAAGUAAAUGUUUGUUAGCAGAUUCUGAUGUUAGCAUCUUGGCAGAACUUGAUCACUACAGCUUGUCUUUCCCAUUUUCCUCUUUACAGAAAAAGCAUGUUUUUCUGUUGCCUUAUACAAAAUUAAGUGCUUUACUGAAAAAAAUUAUUUAAAAAACUGCUAUGCCUGGGUAUAAAUAAUAUUUA